AUGACUGCUCUUUGGCCGGGGACCGGCGCGAGCAGAGACAAGACGGGCGAGAGGCAGGAUGAGAUUGAAAGCCUCACGCCCCAACCCCAUCCCCGCCACCCCCCCGACACAGGCCUCCGGCCCUGGAAAGUCGUCCUCGGCAGCUUCAGCCUCACAGUCCCCACCUUCGGCCUGCUCAGCGCCGUCGGCUUGUUCCCAACCUACUGGCGGCAGACGGUCCUCCCGCACACGAGCGAGGGGGACGCGGCGUGGAUUAUCGCCGUCUUUGGGUUCUUGGGUUGUCUGUUUGCGGCGCCGGCGGGGGUUUUGUUCGAUCGGUUCUGCUCUGGUUGUCCUAAGGGCGAGGGGGCUACGCCGACGACGAUUGCGUUGAGUGUGGUCGGCCAAUGGUUUGACAGGAGGAAGGGUAUCGCAACCGGCUGCGUCACCCUGGGGGCGCCCCUAGGCGGCAUCUUCUUCUCGCUGGUACUGCAGAUCCUCUUUGACAGGUACCCCUGGAGGACGGCAGCGCUGAUACUAGCGGCUAUCAUGGCUGUCUUCUUGCUGCUGGGCAUUCUGCUGGUCGAGACCAACCCGCCUGCCGCCCCUGCCCGGGGAGUGAGCAAGGAUGACUCGGACUCGGACGCGGAGCCCCUCCGGCAAGAGAUAUCCCACAUGCUACUAUCGUCCAAGUUUUGGCUUAUCUCCUAUGCUCUGUUCGCAUACGAGCUGGUGCUCUUCAUCCAAUGGGGAUCUAUCCCCUCGUAUGCCGUCGCGGCCAACGUCGGCGACAAGCAGUUCUACUUGAUGAUGUCGUACAACAUUGGCGCCGUGUUGGGCAGAACUCUGCCCCCCUGGCUCUCCGAUCGGCUGCUCGGCCCACUCAACGCCACCGUCAUGAUGAACAUGUUCACCCUGCUUUCUGUCUUGGCGGUAUGGCUACCCCUCGGGGCCUCGUCUAUAGAAGCCCUGUUUGUGGUGGUUGUGCUUAUGGGCAUUGGCACGGGAAGCUUUGUUCCUCUUGGUGUCUCGUGCAUCAAUGCGCUAUGCAGGCCCGAAAACACCGGGACUUGGUUAGGCUCUGUGUACAGCAUCGUCUCGGUUGCGACUCUGAUCGGAAAUCCGGUCUCGGCAGUAAUUCUCUCCCGGUACCAGUCCAACGGCCUCCUGGCCUUUCUCGCCGCCGUCCUCUUCUCGGGGAUGAUCAGCGCGGUUGCGCUUCGGUGGCUGUCUCACGACCGGCGGUGGAUCUUCAAGGCUCGGGGUUGA